CGACGCCCCCUACGUCCCCACCUAACCCCCCCGGAGCUCUCGUUAGUGUCGAACGGACGUGGUUCAAGUCGCUUCCUUCUUUUCCGUUCAUUCCCCGAAAAGGACAAGACUCCAGCAAUAUGACAGGGGACCACAAUACAUUGGGCCUACCCAGACUGACAAGAGGUCCACAUUGUCGUGAGGAUGCUUUGGGUCUGGCCCUGGAGCCCAUGUGUGGGAACAGCACCCCCAGACACCACGUCCUCCACACAUCCCAUGCGGAUGCUGAAAGUUGGCAAAAGCAUCGAACCGGACUGGUUGGGGCUUCUGGCCCUUGUUCUGGCUCCCCUUCGCUCCUUGAGCCCCACAGUCUGUCCAGCAGCCACGACACACUCUACCUCUCGCACGUGCCGGGUCAUAGCCCGCCUGCGCACCAAAACAGAACCGGCCUCACACUGGAUGUGACCUCAUCGUUUGAUAUUGGUGGUAGCAUGCUAGUCAUUGAUGGGGAUUUACCCAUCAGCCCCAAUGUGAUCAAUAGACGUCGUGGGGGCCUGAUCGAGCAGAAGGACAUAGUGAAAGCCCACCAGGCGCAUAAGAUCCACAGCACACCACAAGCGCGUCGCAAAGAGUGGGAAAUGGCCCGCUUCGGAGACGACGUUCCGGUGUUGUUGAGCACCGGCGACGGGGGCUCGGAGCGCAACAGGAGCCGCGACGGAGCGGCCGCGUCCACAGGUGGCGUGUCCCCCGCAGCCUUCAAGCAGACCAAAGCGCAGCGUGCCCGCACUAUGGCCUUGUAUAAUCCCAUCCCCGUCCGGGAGAACUGCUUCACCGUCAACAGGUCUCUCUUCAUUCUCGGGGAGGACAACGUGGUUCGCAAGUACGCCAAGAAAAUCACUGAAUGGCCUCCGUUCGAGUACAUGAUCCUGGCUACUAUCAUCGCCAACUGUAUCGUCCUAGCUCUGGAGCAACACCUACCUGAAGAAGACAAAACUCCCAUGUCGAAGAGGCUGGAGAAGACCGAGCCCUACUUUAUCGGGAUGUUCUGUUUGGAGGCGGGGAUAAAAAUCAUCGCCUUGGGCUUCGUAUUUCAUAAAGGCUCCUACCUCAGGAAUGGGUGGAACGUCAUGGAUUUCAUUGUGGUGCUCAGUGGGAUUCUGGCUGCAGCAGGCGCUCAUAUGAACAAGUCAGUGGACCUUCGGACCCUGAGGGCUGUGCGAGUGCUGCGACCACUCAAAUUGGUUUCAGGCAUCCCCAGUCUGCAGAUAGUCCUGAAGUCUAUAAUGAAGGCCAUGGUUCCUCUGCUCCAGAUUGGCCUUCUUCUCUUUUUCGCAAUCCUCAUGUUUGCGAUCAUAGGCUUGGAGUUUUACAGCGGCAAACUGCACCACAGUUGCACGCCGCAGCCUGGAAUACUCGAAAACGAGACAUUGGACUCCACUGAGUUUGAGUUUCCAUGCGGUGUGCGUCAGUGUCCAGCGAAAUACAUCUGCAGCGACACGUGGAUCGGCCCCAACGACGGAAUUACGCAGUUUGACAACAUUUUGUUUGCUGUUCUCACCGUCUUUCAGUGCAUUACAAUGGAGGGAUGGACCACUGUUCUCUACAAUGCUGAUGAUGCUUUGGGUCCUAGUUGGAACUGGCUCUACUUCAUACCGCUUAUAAUCAUCGGCUCCUUUUUUGUCCUGAACUUGGUGCUUGGAGUCCUCUCAGGCGAGUUUGCCAAAGAGAGGGAGAGAGUGGAGAACCGCAGGGCCUUCAUGAAAUUGAGACGCCAGCAGCAGAUUGAGCGAGAGCUCAACGGUUACCGAGCCUGGAUCGACAGAGCAGAGGAGGUCAUGCUUGCUGAGGAAAAUAAGAAUCCCGGACCUUCCGCUCUUGAUGCUCUCAGGAGGCUCCCUGAGUGGAGCACAGGCGGCGCCUAUGUGUUAAAGCGAGCCACGACGAUAAAGAAGAGAGGCAUGGACUCGCCACAUCGCGGCCCAGGGGAGGAGCAAUAUGGCGACAUUUCAUCUGUGGGCAUUCCCGGGGCCAGAGAGAGCUUUCGAAGCGUCAGACGAGGUCCCGCUUCAUAUUUCCGCCGCAAGGAACGCCUCCUGCGCAUCUCUAUUCGCCGCGUGGUGAAGACGCACACCUUCUACUGGACAGUGCUGGGCCUGGUGGCUCUCAACACGCUGUGUGUGGCCAUUGUUCACCACAACCAGCCGCUCUGGUUGUCCAACUUUCUGUACUAUGCAGAGUUCUUGUUUCUCGCUCUUUUCCUGACUGAGAUGUUCCUGAAGAUGUACAGCUUGGGCCCUCGCCUCUACUUCCAUUCCUCUUUCAACUGCUUCGACUUCAGCGUGAUUGUUGGCAGCAUUUUUGAAGUGCUCUGGGGGGUGUUCAGGCCAGGAACUUCCUUUGGCAUCAGCGUCCUGCGUGCUCUUCGUUUGCUACGAAUCUUCAAAAUCACAAAGUACUGGGCGUCUCUGAGGAACCUGGUCGUGUCACUGAUGAAUUCCAUGAAGUCCAUCAUUUCCCUCAUCUUCCUCCUUUUUCUCUUCAUUGUCGUCUUUGCUCUUCUGGGCAUGCAACUUUUCGGUGGCAGGUUCAUCUUUGAGGACUACACCCCCACAAACUUUGAUACCUUCCCUGCAGCCAUCAUGACUGUCUUUCAGAUCCUGACUGGCGAAGACUGGAAUGAGGUGAUGUAUGAUGGUAUUCGCUCUCAGAAGGGAGUCAAAUCUGGCAUGUGGUCCUCAAUAUAUUUCAUCGUCCUCACCUUGUUUGGGAACUAUACUCUGCUGAAUGUCUUCUUGGCCAUUGCUGUGGAUAACCUUGCCAAUGCACAAGAGCUCACAAAGGAUGAGGAGGAAGCCGAAGCCGCUUUCAACCAGAAGCAUGCGCUCCAGAAAGCCAAGGAGGUCGGCCCACUCUCCUCCUUCAUGUCUUCAGAAGGAAGCCGGAGGAGGCGGCCAUACUUGUACAGAAAACGAGCCAUUCACCGCAGUCGACCUACCUACUCCUGCUCCCUGGAGGAGGCGCAGGGCAGCCUUAGGGAAGGCCGCCCUCUCCCGCCACUCAACCCGUCUAACUCUUUCAUGUCCAGGCGAGAGAGGAGAAAGAGGAUGACCAUGUCUGUGUGGGAGCAGAGGACCAGCCAGCUGAGGAGACACCGUCAAAUGUCCAGCCGGGAGAUUUUGUUUGGCGGCGGCAGCGAGGAGAAGGACGGCGCGGCCGCUUCGGUCCAAUCCCAACACGGGCGCCCACAGUCCUUGCACCGCAAGGCUAUGCAGAGCACCCCGCCAGGGGGUUUGAGGUGCCUGUCGGACCCCCUCGGAGACACCAUUGUGUCACCAACCAAGAACCAGACUUCCACAGAGAUGUCUUUUGAAGCCGUUCUGUCUGGUGUUAUCCCCGAACCUCCCAUGUCAGCACCGCCUACAGAGAUAUCUGACCCACUUAGUAUAACGCCCGAAGACCUCCCUGAUCCCAUUCUGGAUGAGCGGAGGAGCCCCAGAUUGACUGGUGAUCGUCAACAUAGGGCCGUGAAAAAGUUCAGACCACCCGACAAUGGUGAAGCAGGCAAGAUCAGGGGCAGAAAGGCAUUGCGUAGUCGUCAGAAUGGCACCACGAGUCAAGGAUCAUCCCCUCGGAAAGAAAACCACUCGGCGAGUCGCUCGGUCAGCAGGGAGAGGAACGGUGAGAGGACCAAGAUUCCAGGAGUGAAAGUGGAACAGAAAGAGGUACAGAGUGAGAAGACAGAGGAGUCCAAUCCUGAGGAAACUGGGCCGGGUGACCAACAUGGAGUGGACACUGAGCAACCAGACAACCAUGUCCAAAAGCGGACACAGUCCCCUCAGAAUAGCGAGGCAUGCCCUCUUGCUGUGGCAGAAAGCAACCAAGAAGACUUAGAUAAAUCUCAACUGAGUUCCAGCGCUAUCGUCGAAAUGCCAGAUAUGGAGGCAUCGAUGGAGUUAUCUACCAUCACUGUCAACAGCAAGGACCCUGAAGCCACAAAGUCUGAGAAGGAGGAGAGUGAAGACCUUAAAGCAGUCAAAGCUGCGUCACCUGACAGCAUGUUCAUUUUCAAACCGGACAACCCGUUGCGCCGAGCCUGCCAUUACAUAGUGAACCUUAGGUACUUUGAAAUGUCUAUCCUGUUGGUCAUUGCCGCAAGUAGCAUCGCUUUGGCAGCAGAGGACCCCGUCGCCACCACAUCCGACUGGAACAAGGUCCUGCGCUACUUUGAUUACGUGUUCACUGGUGUCUUCACCUUCGAAAUGAUUAUUAAGAUGAUCGACCAAGGUCUAAUCCUUCACGACGGCUCGUACUUCCGAGACCUGUGGAACAUUCUGGACUUCAUCGUGGUGGUGGGAGCGCUAGUGGCCUUCGCCCUCACCAAUGUGAUGGGAAAUAACAAAGGAAGAGACAUUAAAACCAUCAAAUCACUGAGAGUGUUACGUGUGCUCAGACCCUUGAAGACCAUCAAGAGGCUUCCUAAACUCAAGGCUGUAUUCGACUGCGUGGUGACAUCCCUGAAAAAUGUCUUCAACAUCUUGAUUGUGUACAAGCUCUUCAUGUUCAUCUUCGCCGUCAUCGCCGUGCAGCUCUUCAAGGGGAAGUUCUUCUACUGCAACGACAGCUCCAAGGACACGGAGAAGGACUGCAAAGGCUACUAUAUAAACUAUGGCAAGGAAAAAAAAGAAGUGAAGAAAAGAGAAUGGAAGAGACACGAUUUCCAUUACGACAACAUCAUCUGGGCACUGCUGACACUUUUUACAGUUUCCACCGGCGAGGGCUGGCCACAGGUCCUGCAGCACUCGGUGGACGUGACCGAGGAGGAUAGAGGUCCACGCCAUGGCAACAGGAUGGAGAUGUCCAUCUUUUACGUCAUUUACUUUGUAGUCUUUCCAUUUUUCUUCGUCAACAUCUUCGUGGCCCUCAUAAUUAUCACCUUCCAGGAGCAGGGAGACAAGAUGAUGGAAGAGUGCAGCCUGGAGAAGAACGAGAGGGCGUGCAUUGACUUUGCAAUCAGUGCCAAGCCGCUGACCCGUUACAUGCCACAGAACCGCCACACCUUCCAGUACCGUGUGUGGCAUUUUGUGGUCUCUCCCUCUUUUGAAUACACCGUCCUGGCCAUGAUUGCGCUCAACACAAUCGUACUGAUGAUGAAGUAUUAUUCGGCCCCGCCGGCCUAUGAAGCCGCCCUCAAGCAUCUGAACACAGCUUUCACCGUUCUCUUCUCCAUUGAGUGCGUCCUCAAGAUAAUGGCAUUCGGCUUUUUGAAUUAUUUUCGAGACACGUGGAAUAUUUUUGACUUCAUCACCGUACUUGGGAGCAUCACCGAGAUAGUAGUCGACUUGCAGUUCGUGAAUACGUUCAACAUGAGUUUCUUGAAGCUAUUCAGAGCUGCUCGUCUGAUCAAGCUGCUGCGACAGGGCUACACCAUCCGGAUACUAUUGUGGACGUUUGUUCAGUCCUUUAAAGCUUUGCCUUACGUCUGUCUGCUCAUAGCCAUGCUCUUCUUCAUCUACGCCAUCAUUGGCAUGCAGGUUUUUGGCAACAUUAAAAUUAGCGAGGAGACAGAGAUUAACCAGCACAACAACUUCAAGACCUUCUCUGGUGCUCUAAUGCUGCUCUUCAGGAGUGCCACGGGGGAGUCAUGGCAGGAGAUCAUGUUGUCAUGUCUGGGGGGGCAGCAAUGUGAGGUGGACCCUUCCAAUCCAUCACUUGCACUCAACACCAAACAGGAGGGAGGCUGCGGCUCAGAUUUUGCAUACUUCUACUUUGUGUCCUUUAUCUUCUUUAGCUCCUUCCUGAUGCUGAAUUUGUUUGUGGCUGUGAUCAUGGACAAUUUUGAGUAUCUCACUCGUGACUCCUCUAUCCUGGGCCCACAUCACUUGGAUGAGUUUGUCCGAAUCUGGGGAGAGUAUGAUCGCGCUGCCUGUGGUCGUAUCCAUUACACUGACAUGUAUGAGAUGUUGACCAACAUGUCGCCGCCCCUUGGCCUUGGCAAGAAAUGCCCGUCUAAGGUGGCUUAUAAGAGACUCAUCCUAAUGAACAUGCCAGUGGAUGAGGACAUGUCGGUCCACUUCACCUCCACACUAAUGGCCCUUAUCCGAACCGCGUUGGAAGUCAAAAUAGCUGGAGGAGGAGAGGAUCGAAAUCAGAUGGACUUGGACCUUCAGAAGGAAAUCAGUAUCAUCUGGCCCCACCUCUCUCAAAAGAUGCUGGACCUUCUGGUUCCUAUUAAUAAAGCUAGUGACAUGACAAUUGGAAAGAUUUAUGCUGCCAUGCUGAUAAUGGACUACUACAAGCAGAGCAAGGCAAAGAAACUACGACAGCAGCUGGAGGAACAAAAACACGCUCCAAUGUUCCAGCGCAUGGAUGCUUCCUCUUUGCCCCAGGAGAUCAUAUGCAAUGCCAAAUCACUGUCUUUCCUCAGUGCAGGAUCAGCUCUGACCAAAGGGGGCUUUGUGGCUCUCAGCCCCAUCUCCCCCCAAGACAUGUUCCUGCAGCCGCAGCCUCGCCCCGGGGAGGAAGAGGAGAAUGAUGAUUACUAUCAACCCUACCACCCUUAUCACUUUGCUCAUCACCACCACCACCAUUUAGACACACUGGUGCCAAAUGUCGUAGAAUAUAACCAAGUGACACAACAGUCAAGGCCGGAGCCAACAGCCGUCAAAUCACCUCAGCGCACAUCAUCCAUUAGAGCGUCGUCCAUGCCCAGACUGGCUGUGGAGCCGCAGCCUGGAAUGUCAACGGACAGAAAGCUGAUGACGCGCUCCUUUUCCACCUUUGGAGACCAGUGUGUAAACCGGCUGUGGCAAGAACAACAUUCUCUGGAGAGAGUCAGCCCCGACAGCACGUUUAGACUUCGACAGAAAAGCUAUAGAGGCACUAGAGUGAAUGAAAGCAGUCAUGAGAGGGGGCGGUCUAAAGAACGGCGCCACCUACUGUCUCCAGAUGUGUCCCGCUGCAACUCUGAAGAGCGCAGCCGGGACCCGUCAGGCGAGAGGGUACGCUCCCUCUCGCCUAAAGAAGGACACAAUCAGUCCUUACAGAGACAGGUGAACACAUCAGGUAGUCCAGCCCAUUCAGCCUCAGAGUCUGGUACCCCUCGUAAUCGCCGCCAGCUCCCGCAGACACCCUCCCGUCCUCGCCCUCACAUUUCGUACUCCCCCCUGGUAUGCCGAGAACACCCCACGGGCGCACCAAAGGCUUCCUCGGCAGUACUCGCUCCUCAUUCAAACUGCCCUGCUCCUUCCUCGUCUCAGGCGUCAGGCCCGAGCCAUCCGUCGCCCCAGCGUUACAUCUCGGAGCCUUACCUCCCGUUUCACGAGGGCCUCGGGGAAGGCCGGGUGGGUGAGGAACGUGAACACCUCACUUUUGAAACCGCCGUGGCCACCAGCUUAGGACGCGCCAACGCCAUCAGCUCAGCCCCUCAGCUAAGACACUCCUGGCAAGGCCCUAACAGACACUUGCGCGACAACUCAGAGCAAGCCCGCGCGCCUGGUGCCGCCGAGCUACUGAGCGACACGGAUGAUGACGACCGAUGCUAAAACAAGAGGAAAUUAGCAUACGGGAUGAGCGGACCUCGGACCCUUGGCUACUGUAUGACAAACUUGUCACCCCAGUAGCAUCACGGGCGGGACAAAACACCACUGCCAUAUAUCAGCAUUGUUUGCUGUCUGUUUCUAUUUGCUGUGUAUUCAUGCUGUGCCUAAAGAAGGGGUGUUUAUUACGAAGGAGGCCAACCGUGGACCUUACAUUUGAAAAUGUAACUUUCAUGUGUGCCACGAACAUCAACUGGAAGAGUUCAGAGACAAAAUGUAUCUCUUUCAGUAAAUGAUCGCUACCAUCCCUCCCAGUUGAUACGGAUUAGACAUUGACUGUCGUCAAAGGCAGGUUAUUUACAGAAACAAUAGGUUAAAUUGCAUCCACUGGCAUUCAUCCAGAGGUUUCUGCGUAGAUUAUAUGGGAUUUGGGGGUACAUACUGUAGCAUUUGAAAAAAAAGAUUAAUUUAAUUUGGGUUGUAAAUCGAUAUCUGUGAAUGUUUAGUCCAGAAAAGAAGGAUUUAGUGGCCCUGACGGCUCACUUACUGAAAUGGUGGAGACUGCUUAUAUAACGCAUUUAUCUACACGUUUUAACUGUGCCCAAAGCGCUUUACAUUAGCUCACAUUCACACACCAAUUCUGCAGCUUCAUACUUGACGGGUAACGAUUCAUCUUGAGCAACAAGAGAACAAUUUUAUUCAUGUUUCUGUUUCAACAGAGAAUGCGUUAAUGACAUAUCUAUUCGCUUAUAGGGAAAUUAAGGUUAUAGACACCUGUAACAGUGUGACCAGCAUGACUUAGGGAAGAAAAUGAAUAUUUGAACACCCUGCUAUUUUACAAGUUCUCCCACAUAGAAAUCACCGAGGGGUCUGAAAUUUUCAUCACAGUUGCAUGUCCACCGUGAGAGACAUAAUCUAAAUUGAAAAAUCCAGAAAUCACAAUGUAUGAUUUUUUUUUUAAGGAUUUAUUUGUGUGAUACAGCUGCAAAUAAGUAUUUGAACACCUAGGAAAAUUAAUGUUAAUAUUUGGUACAGUAGCCUUUGUUUGCGGUUACAGAGGUCAAACAUUUCCUGUAGUUUUUCCCCAGGUUCGCGCACACUGCAGGAGGGAUCUUGGCCCACCCAUCAGUCAGGUUUCUGGGCUAUCACUAAGAAACACUGAGUUUGAGCUACCUCCAAAGGUUUUCUAUUGGGUUUAGCUCUGGAGACCAGCUAGGCCAUGCUAGAACCUUGUUAUGCUUCUUACGGAGCCACUCCUCGGGUUUCCUGGCUGUGUGGUCAUUGUCAUGUUGGAAGACCCAGGGACGACCCAUCUUCAAUGCUCUGACUGAAGGAAGGAGGUUGUUCCCCAAAAUCUCACAAUACAGGGCCCCAGUCAUCCUCUCUUUAAUACAGUGCCCUCAUCUUGUCCCAUGCGCAGCAAAAAUCACACCCGAAGCACGAUGCUAGCACCCCCAUGCUUCACAGUAGGGAUGGUGUUCUUUAGUACAGUACUCAUCAUUCUUCUUUCUCCAAACACGGUUUGUGGAAUUAUGACCAAAAAGUUCUAUUUUACACUCAUCUGACCAAAAAACUUGCUCCCAUGACUCCUCUACAUUAUCCAUGUAACCCAAGGAAAAAAACACUACACAAUUUCAAUAAUUAGUUGAUAAAUAAAUAAAUAAAUAAAUAGUUAAGAUAUAAAUACAACAGCAUACAAAUUAAGUAGUUAUUGAAAAAUAAGUUCUAAAAUGUUGUCCAAGAAUGGUAAAAUGUUGAAGAUAAUCCAUUUCCACUAUGAUGAUGUCAUAUUGUUGACCAGUAAUGUCUGUUAAGCAGUUUUUUUUCUCUCCUUCCCAACUGUCAUUCAUCUCAUAUGAACCUGUUGAUUGGUUAUUUGUAUGUGGCCUGAUGUUCUAUUCCAACGGGGAGAACGACAAGGGGGGGAUUUUUCGGGAGAGCGAGGCAAAUGUACCAUAGUGACGGGAUUUGUCGUUCACUUGAGUAACCGAAUCCAUUCCGGAUCGUUCAGUAAAAAGAUUCGUUCAAACGAAUCGUUCAACGAAUCGUUCGCCCCCCUCAUCUCCCUCCCCGCCCAAAUGAAUCGUUCGGUUAGUGAACGGGAAGUGACGUUGGCGAACGAAUCACCAAAGACCGCUUCGCAGUAUAACUGAACGGGAAGUGACAUUCUUGGUCCCUCCCUCUCUUGCACACAUUGACCACUCGUCGUAGUUUCAGUAAUGAGUGACAGGCAAUAUCAUUCUGCUUUCACAGACAGCCUCGUCUCCCUCCCUCCCGCUGCUGCAAAAGCGACACAGACAGCCUCGUCUCCCUCCCUCCCGCUGCUGCAAAAGCGAAGGAGAACUUCCGCGCCGUCUGUCCUAGUUUUAUAGGCUCAAAGUCAUGGCUCGUGCUUGCAUUUCGAUUGAGGA